AUGGUGGAAGUCGAAGAAUUGGAACCACUUAGUCCCGUUGAAGACGCACAUGAAGGAGAAGGAGGAGAAGAAGAAGAAGAGGAGGAGGAGAUAAGCUAUAAUGACCUCAAAAGACGCAUGUGGAAAGACCGCAACCUCAUGGAAAAGCUCAAGCAGCAGAAACGACACAACAACAACACCGACGUCGUUUCGCUUUCAACGCAUCGAGCCGAGGCCUCACGUCGCAAGAAGAUGGCUCGUUCGCAAGACUCGGUGUUGAAGUACAUGAUGAAGAUCAUGGAGGUUUGUAAAGCCAAAGGUUUUGUCUACGGCAUCGUACCGGAAAAGGGUAAACCGAUAACCGGUUCUUCCGACAGCUUAAGACGUUGGUGGAAAGAAAACGUUCAGUUCGACCAAAACGCUCCAAACGCUGUUUCUGAUUACUUAACACUCGCGGCUGCUGCUGCGGCUGAGCUGAUGGAGAAAGAGCCGUCGAAGGCUCUUCUCAAUAUCAAAGACCUCAAGAUCUCAGAGGAUCAAGAAGCUUCCGUGUCCAAGACCAAGAGAAAAGGUGAGUUUAUGGAACCGUCUAAGAGUGUUUACACUUGCCAAAACUCGAGCUGUCCUCAGAGUGAUACGAGUUUUGGAUUCGUGGACAAGAACUCAAGAACGGGCCAUGAGAUCCAGUGUCUAUACGGGUCUUCUAGCCAGAGCACGGGAGAGACAAGCUCCGUGCUCGAAACAGCACCAAGUAUUGGUACUAAUACGACUAGUGAAGAUGAUUAUAGUGCGAGCUCGAGUGCAAUGGGCAAGCGAGAUGAUGAUGAGCAUAGCAAUUGGAUGGAUAAUUUAUGGUUCGAGAGGAUGCAACACGAGUUUAAUUUUUCUAGGAGAUUCGAAGAUGAUGAUGAUGAUACUACCGUGGAUUUGAACCAAUUAAUGGAAUCAAAUCAGUCGUCUGACAAUGUGGACCAGAGUACUUUUUCAGUUUGGGAUAUGGGUUGUGAAGACAAAGACAUAUAUAUGUCCGAUCAUUAA